AUGCCGUCACCAACGAGGCAGCAGACGCCAACGUACAACGACUUCAUCGCCUUCAUGCAGCAGAUGCAGAAGGAGCAGCAGGACGCCCGGAAGGACCAACAAAACUUCCAGAAGAACAUGGUCGACAUGAUCAAGACUCUGACAAGCAGCAACGUCUCCAGCCAAGCAUCCAGCCCCUCAAUCGACGUCUAUGGUCUGCUGAUGAACGAAAUAGAAUCGUUCAACUACGACGCUGACGGGACAUCGACCUUCGACGACUGGUUCAAGCGACAUGGCGUGACGAUCAACGAACGUGGCAAAUCGCUGACCAACGACGUCAAACGCAACCUCAUCGUCAACAAGCUGGACAAGAAGGCCUACGACGUCUACUGCAAGCACAUCCUGCCGAAGACCUACACCGACCUGACGCUCGACGAGACCACCGCCGUUCUCAAAAAGCUGUUUCGACCACUCAAGUCUCUCUGCAAAAGAAGAUUCGAGUUCUACCAGAAAGCAGCCCCUCCGAUGUCUUCAUCUGCCGACCCGUUCCUGGACCUCGCUAACGACGUGAAGAACCACUACGCUGAAGCAGAAAUCAAGAACAUCGACGAGGACACCGCGCAGUGCAUCGCCUUCGUCUCCGCUCUCGCUGACUCGUCAUACGCCGAGAUUCGUCUUCGUCUUCUGAACAAGAUGAACGACAUCAACGCCAAGCUGAAGCUCGACGACAUCACCGAGGAAUGCCGCACCUGGGCAAGGAUUCGAGCCGAGAACCGAUCGAUGGACACGUUGGACGUCAAGGCCAUCGCUCAAAAGAAGAAGAAGAAUACGGGACAGCCGCAGAAGUACCAGCAACCUCAUCAGCAGCAGUACAAGAAGCAGCACCCGUCACAAGAAGAAGAAUCGCUUCACUCCUCCCGCCAUCGUCAGAGGAAUGGGUCAAGGUUCGGACGACGCUCGACCACGCCAUCUGAACAUCAACCUCGACGAUUCGCCAAGAAAGUCGCAUUUUCGGAAACCGAAGAUGCGCGAACAUACUUGAAAGUAGACAUCAACGGCUUCACCACGGAACUUCAAGUCGACACUGGCGCCGAUAUCACCAUGAUCUCCCGCCAAACUUGGAACAUCAUCGGAUCACCAGCUCUAAAACCGACGCCGCUCUCGCUCAAGACGGCUGAUGGCUCGCCUAUGACAGUUCAAGGACGCUUCAACGCGAAGUUCAACAUCUUCGACGCUCGUCAUCGUUCUACCACUGGCUCCGGACCAUGCUACGUCACCGAGAAGACCGACUUGCUCGGACUGGAUUGGCUCAUCGCGAUCCCGCAGUAUCGACAUCUUCGAAAGGAGCUGAGCUGCCGCAUGACGACGACCUGCCUGAACCAGACCCGAGAAGAAACCGUCGCUCAACUUCGCCAUAAGUACGCCUCCGUCUUCGAAGAAGGGCUCGGACGUUUCACCAAGACCAAGGCCAAACUGUUCCUGAAACCUGAAAGCCGACCCGUCUACAUCAAGAAGCGACCACUCCCAUACGCCUCUCAGCCUGCGAUCGACGCCGAAAUCGAUCGAUUCGUCAACGAAGGAGUCUUAUCGUCAAUCGACUACUCGCAGUGGGCUGCGCCGAUCGUCGCCGUCAAGAAAGCCAACGGAACCAUCCGAAUGUGUGCUGACUUCUCGACUGGACUCAACGACGCGCUGAUGUUGCACCAGCACCCGCUCCCAACCGCUGAAGACGUGUUCAACAAGCUGAACGGAGGACAGCUCUACACGCAGAUCGACUUCGCUGACGCGUACCUCCAAAUCGAGCUCGACGACAGCGCCAAAGAACUCUUGACAGUCAACACGCACCGAGGACUCUACCGGUACAACCGACUGCCCUUUGGAGUCAAGUCUGCGCCCGGCAUCUUCCAAGAGGUCAUCGACUCCAUGAUCUCUGGACUCAACGGCGUUGCUGCGUAUCUCGACGACAUCAUCGUCACUGGCCGCAGUACCGACGAGCACCGCCGAAACUUGGAAGCCCUCUUCGACCGGAUCCACAACUACGGCUUCCGCGUUCGCCUACCGAAGUGCAAUUUCCUGAUGCCCGAGAUUCGGUACCUCGGACACAUAAUCGACAAGGACGGACGCCGGCCGGACCCCGAGAAGGUCCGCGCCAUCACCAAGAUGCCACCACCCAAGGACGUGCAACAGCUACGCUCGUUUCUUGGGAUGAUCACCUACUACGGAAACUUCAUCGACAAGAUGCGACAGAUCCGCACACCUCUGGACGCUCUACUCAAGAAGGACACCCCAUUCGAAUGGUCACCCGAGUGCCAGGACGCCUUCAAGCGCGUGAAGGACGUUCUCACCUCGCCGCUCCUGCUCACACAUUUCGACCCCACGUUGGACAUCAUCGUCGCGGCCGACGCCUCCGACUACGGAAUUGGAGCAGUGAUUCUACAUCGCUAUGCCGACGGCUCCGAGAAGGCAAUCUGCCACGCCAGCCACAGCCUCACCGAUGCAGAGAAGAAAUACGCGCAAAUCGAGAAAGAAGGACUACCGACUCGGGCACACGAAGUAGAUCUCUGGACAAGUUCUACUUCGCUUGGGCAACGCGCUGUACGACGUCCUGGUCAACGACAACAUCGUUCGCCGACACGCCAACCAGCUGCGCCGACGCGAAACCGACGACACGCCGACGCUCUGGGACGACUUCGACUGGCCGCAACCAUCGUCACCGUCGCCAUCGCAGUCAUCAUCGCCGUCGUCGCCGCCGCCGCCAUCACAGAAGCUGCCACCUUCCGACAACGACGUUCCCGCCACUUUGAGACGCUCCGAACGCCAUCAUCAACCGCCGAAACGACUGAACAUGGACCCCACUUUGAAGUCUUAUGUUUAGUUUACCUGUAUAAGAUGAUUUUCCCGCUUACCAUCAUCUUAGGGGGGAGGUGUUGGAAUAUCACGUCUCUCUAA